UGAAAUAAUUCAAUAACAAUAUUCAUUCAGUAGAGAUAUUUCGCUCGGUACGGUGCUUAUAAAGCUAGCGAUAGCUUUAUUUUAAAAGAAUACGCAUGAUUGGAUUGCACACUAAGCAAUGGCUCUCGUCGAAGUGCUAAUUCUCUUGGCCGUUGCUGUGUUUUUGUUUUACAAAUGGAGUGUUUCUAAAUAUCAUAUUUUGAGUGACCGGGGUAUACCGCACGAAAAGCCAACUCCUUUAAUUGGAAAUAUCAACACCAAAAUUUUAUUAGGAAAAUCAUCUUUCCUGAAAUUUAUUAUCGGUCGAUAUCAGGCUUAUAAGAACAGUAAAAUUUAUGGGAUUUAUACGAUGCGUGACUGCAACAUCCACAUUCGGGACUUGGACCUCAUUAAAAAGGUGGGAAUAAAAGACUUUGAUACCUUCCCAAAUCACAACUCUGCUGCAGGAGAUGGGGGUGAAACAUUUCUGUCAAAAAGUUUGAUCGCCUUGAAAGAUCAAAAGUGGAGGGAAAUGCGAAAUAGUUUGUCACCCGCGUUCACUGGAAGCAAAAUGCGCAUGAUGUUUAUCCUGGUCAACGAAUGUGUGGUUGAAGCAGUUAACUACAUCAACAGUGAAAUCCAAGCGGUUGGGAAUCAUGAAGUGGACAUCGAAAUGAAAGAUUUCUUCACAAGAUUCACAAAUGACGCCAUUGCAUCCACGGCAUUCGGCAUACAGGUGAAUUCGUUUAAUGAUCGAAACAACGAGUUCUAUCGGACGGGAAAAGCGGUUACUGAGUUUACCGGUUUGGUUUUAUUGAAAGCUAUAUUGGUUGGACUUGUUCCGAAAGUGAUGAAGUUAUUACGUAUAAAAUUGUUCGAUGACAAAAUUCUUAAUUACUUUAAUCACUUGGUAAUCGAUGCAAUGAAAUACCGAGCAAAACACAAAAUUGUACGCCCCGAUAUGAUACACCUUUUGAUGGAAGCUAAACAGCAUUACGAAGAGAAAAACGCAGAUUCUGUGGGAGAAUAUGCGGAAUUUACUGAUGAGGAUCUUUUGGCUCAGUGUACACUGUUCUUCGUAGCCGGUUUUGAAACCGUGUCCGCUUGUUUGUGUUUCACAGCGCACGAGUUGCUCGAGAACCCCGAAGUUCAAAAUAGACUUUACGAAGAGAUUUUGGAUACCCAAAAUUCAUUGAAAGGAAAACCCUUUAACUACGAUGCACUUAUGAAGAUGAACUAUAUGGACAUGGUUAUAUCGGAGUCCUUGCGCAAAUGGCCUCCAGUAAUCUUAACAGAUCGCAUUUGUUCGGCCGACUAUAAUCUAAAGGACGAUGAGGGAAAUUUGGUAGCAGAAAUUAAAAAAGGUGACAAUAUAUUUGUACCCAUAAUUGGCAUUCAUCGUGAUCCUGAAUACUAUCCAAAUCCGGAAGAGUUUGACCCCGAACGAUUUUCCGAAGUAAACAGAAGUGAAAUUAACCCGUUGAGCUAUUUACCCUUUGGUGUGGGCCCCAGAAUGUGCAUAGGAAAUCGGCUAGCACUGAUGGAAGUCAAAACAAUUAUUUACCAUAUUAUACUAAAUUUCCAAAUUGUGCGUGCAGAGAAGACAUGCGAAAACUUAAUGGAGUCCAUUUCCGGUUUCGCAUUAAUACCAAAGGAACGUUUCUGGAUGAAAUUCGUUCCAAGAAUUUCUUAAAAAUGUGCUUUUAUAUAGUACCAAUCCUUUAAUAGCAAUCAUUUUUAUAUAUUUGUAUAUUUUACAUAAUCCUUUUUAUAUAUAUUUAACGCAUAUCUAGCGUAGAAAACAUGGAUAAAAAGUUUAUGGUACAAUUUUUAAAAUUUUUACGUUUUAAUUUGGCUAUUGUAUUUUUGAAUUUUCUUGGAAUAUUUUAAAUGAUAUAAAAAAUAAUUUAAUUAGAGAUUUAAUAAUUCGCGUUUGAAAUAUUACUGUUUCGGCAACUCUUGGUUUAUAGGAGAGAGGCGAGAUUUAAAAUAUAGAUUUCAUUUUGAUGAAAAAAAUUAGAAAAACCAAAUCUAUGCUACUAUUAUAAAGAGGAAAGAUUUGUAUGUUUUUUUGUAAUGAAUAAACUCAAAAGCUACUGUGCCGAUUUCAAAAA